UCCCACUCUGGUGUCCACACUCUGCUCGGCACCGCGGCCACUGCACAUCCCUUCCCGCCAGUCCCGCCAGUCCCGCCGCCCAGCCUGCGUGAUGCCGACCAGCCCCCGGCCCCCGCCUGCGGCCCCCGCCCUGACCCUGGCUCUGGCCAUGGCUGUGCUGGCCAGACUCACAUCCACAGCCUCCUUCUUCGGAGAGAGCCACCUGGAGGUGCCGGUGGCCACGGCCCUCACCGCCGUGGACCUGCAGCUGCAGCUCUCCACGUCCCAGCCCGAGGCCCUGCUUGUCCUGGCCGCGGGCCCGGCCGACCACCUCCUGCUGCAGCUCUUCUCCGGCCGCCUGCAGGUCAGACUGGUCCUGGGCCAGGAGGAGCUGAGACUGCAGAUCCCGGCAGGGCCCCCGCUGAGCGACGGCCUCCCCCACACCGUGGCGCUGGCUGUUUCGGACAGCUGGGCCACGCUGUCCGUUGACGGGGUCCUGAACGCCUCUGCCCCGGUCCCGGGAGCCCCCCUAGAGGUCCCCUAUGGGAUCUUCGUGGGGGGCACUGGGCGCCUCAGCCUGCCCUACCUGAGGGAGACCAGCCGGCCCCUGCGGGGCUGCCUCCACGCGGCCACCCUCAACGGCCGCAGCCUCCUCCGGCCUCUGACCCCCGACGUGCAGGAGGGCUGUGCUGAGGAGUUUUCUGCAGGUGACGACGUGGCCCUGGGCUUCUCCGGGCCCCGCUCCCUGGCUGCCUUCCCCGCCUGGGGCGUUCAGGAGGAAGGCACCCUGGAGUUCACGCUCAUCACGCGGAGCCGGCAGGCACCCCUGGCCUUCCAGGCGGGGGGCCAGCGUGGGGACUUCAUCUACGUGGACAUAUUUGAAGGCCACCUGCGGGCUGUGCUCGAGAAGGGCCAGGGCACCGUGCUGCUCCACAACAGCGUGCCCGUGGCCGACGGGCAGCCCCACGAGGUCAGCGUCCGCCUGGGCGCCCGCCAACUGGAAAUCUCUGUGGACCAGCACCCCACGCGGACUUCCAGCCGUGGCGUCCUCAGCCACCUGCAGCCACACGGCAGCCUCCUCCUCGGGGGGCUGGACGCAGCGGCCUCGCGCCACCUCCAGGAGCGCCGCCUGGGCCUGGCGCCGGAGGCUGCCAACGCCUCCCUGCUGGGCUGCCUGGAAGACCUCAGCGUCAACGGCCAGAGGCAGGGGCUCCGGGAAGCCGUGCUGACCCGCGGCAUGGCUGCCGGCUGCCGGCUGGAGGAAGAGGAGUACGAGGACGAUGCCUAUGGCCCAUACGAAGCUUUCUCCACGCUGGCCCCCGAGACGUGGCCGGCCCUGGAGCUGCCUGAGCCGUGUGUGCCUGAGCCGGGGCUGCCUCCAGUCUUUGCCAAUUUCACCCAACUGCUGACCAUCCGCCCGCUGGUGGUGGCCGAGGGUGGCACAGCCUGGCUCGAGUGGCAGCACGUGCAGCCCACGCUGGACCUGACCGAGGCUGAGCUGCGCAAAUCCCAGGUGCUGUUCAGCGUGAGCCAGGGGGCACGCCACGGCCAGCUCGAGCUGGACGUCCCUGGCGCCCAGGCCCGGAGGAUGUUCACCCUCCUGGACGUGGUGAACCGCAAGGCCCGCUUCAUCCACGACGGCUCCGAGGACGCCUCCGACCAGCUGGUGCUGGAGGUGUCGGUGACGGCGCGGGUGCCCGUGCCCUCGUGCCUGCGGAGGGGCCAGACUUACGUCCUGCCUGUCCAGGUGACCCCCGUCAACGACCCGCCCCGCCUCAUCUUCCCGCACGGCAGCCUCAUGGUGGUCCUGGAGCACACGCAGAAGCCGCUGGGGCCCGAGGUGUUCCAGGCCUACGACCCCGACUCUGCCUGCGAGGGCCUCACCUUCCAGCUCCUGGGCGCCCCCACUGGCCUCCCCGUGGAGCGCCGAGACCGGCCUGGGCAGCCGGCGACAGAAUUCUCCUGCCGGGAGCUGGAGACAGACAGCCUGGUCUACGUCCACCGCGGCGGCCCCGCACAGGACCUGACGCUCCGGGUCAGCGACGGGCUGCAGGCCAGCGUCCCGGCCACGCUGAAGGUGGUGGCUGUCCGGCCAGCCAUACAGGUGCGCCGCAGCACGGGGCUGCGGCUGGCUCAGGGCUCUGCCGCACCCAUCUUGCCCGCCAACCUGUCGGUGGAGACCAAUGCCGUGGGGCAGGACGUGAGCGUGCUGUUCCGCGUCGCCGGGGCCCCGCGGUUUGGGGAGCUGCAGAAGCAGGGGGCAGGCGGGGUGGAGGGCGCGGAGUGGCGGGCCACACAGGCGUUCCACCAGCGGGACGUGGAGCAGGGCCGCGUGAGGUACCUGAGCACCGACCCGCAGCACCGCACCGAGGACGCUGUGGAGAGCCUGGCCUUCGAGGUGCAGGUGGGCCAGGAGACCCUGAGCAACCUGUCCUUCCCAGUGACCGUCCAGAGGGCCGCCGUGCGGAUGCUGCGGCUAGAGCCGCUGUACACGCACAGCACCCAGCGGGAGGUCCUCACCACGGCCCACCUGGAGGCCGCCCUGGAGGAGGCCGACCCAAGCCCCACCACCUUCCACUACGAGGUAGUUCAGGCUCCCAGGAAAGGCAACCUUCAGCUACAGGGCACACGGUUGUCGGGCGGUCAGGCCUUCACCCAGGACGACCUACAGGCUGGCCGGGUGACCUAUGGGGCCACGGCACGUGCCCCGGCGGCAGCUGAGGACUCCUUCCGUUUCCGCGUCACAGCCCCGCCACACUUCUCCCCGCUGUACUCCUUCCCCAUCCACAUUGGCGGCGACCCAGACGCUCCCGUCCUCACCAACGUCCUGCUCGUGGUGCCCGAAGGUGGCCAGGGUGUCCUCUCUGCUGACCACCUCUUUGUCAAGAGUCUCAACAGCGCCAGCUACCUCUAUGAGGUCAUGGAGCGCCCCCGCCAUGGGAGGCUGGCUUGGCGGGGGACACAGGACAAGACCACUGUGGUGACAUCCUUCACCAAUGAAGACCUGCUGCGCGGCCAGCUGGUCUACCAGCACGACGACUCUGAGACCACGGAGGACGACAUCCCAUUUGUGGCUACCCGCCAGGGCGAGAGCAGUGGGGACGUGGCCUGGGAGGAGGUGCGAGGCGUCUUCCGAGUGGCCAUCCAGCCCGUGAAUGAUCACGCCCCUGUGCAGACCAUCAGCCGUGUCUUCCACGUGGCCCGGGGUGGGCAGCGGCUGCUGACUACAGACGAUGUGGCCUUCAGUGACGCCGACUCGGGCUUUGCUGAUGCCCAGCUGGUGCUGACCCGCAAGGACCUGCUCUUCGGCAGCAUCGUGGCCGUGGAAGAGCCCACGCGGCCCAUCUACCGCUUCACGCAGGAGGACCUCAGGAAGAGGCGCGUGCUGUUUGUGCACUCGGGGGCUGACCGCGGCUGGAUCCAGCUGCAGGUGUCUGAUGGGCAGCACCAGGCCACUGCGCUCCUGGAAGUACAGGCCUCGGAGCCCUAUCUCCGUGUGGCCAAUGGCUCCAGCCUCGUGGUCCCUCAGGGAGGCCAGGGCACCAUCGACACUGCUGUGCUCCACCUGGACACCAACCUUGAUAUCCGCAGUGGGAACGAGGUCUACUACCACGUCACCGCUGGCCCUCGCUGGGGCCAGCUGCUCCGGGCCGGCCAGCCAGCCACAGCCUUCUCCCAGCAGGACCUGCUGGGCGGGGCCGUCCUCUACAGCCACAAUGGCAGCCUCAGCCCCCGUGACUCCCUGGCCUUCUCUGUGGAAGCAGGGCCAGUGCACACAGACGCCACCCUGCAAGUGACCAUCGCCCUGGAGGGCCCACUGGCCCCACUGCAACUGGUCCGGCAUGAAAAGAUCUACGUCUUCCAGGGAGAGGCGGCCGAGAUCAGGAGGGACCAGCUGCAGGCAGCCCAGGAGGCAGUGCCACCAGCAGACAUCGUGUUCUCAGUGAAGAGCCCACCGAGUGCCGGCUACCUGGUGAUGAUGUCCCGCGGCGCCUCGGCAGGUACGCCGCCCAGCCUGGACCCCGUGCAGAGCUUCUCCCAGGAGGCGGUGGACUCGGGCAGGGUCCUGUACCUGCACUCCCACCCCGAGGCCUGGAGUGACGCCUUCUCACUGGCUGUGGCAUCGGGCCUGGGUGCUCCCCUGGAAGGCAUCCGAGUGGAGCUGCAGGUGCUGCCUGCUGCCAUCCCACUGGAGGCCCAGAACUUCAGCGUCCCCGAGGGUGGCAACUGCACCCUGGCCCCGCCGCUGCUCCGUGUCACCGGGCCCUACUUCCCCACUCUGCCGGGCCUCACCCUGCAGGUGCUAGAGCCACCCCGACAUGGGGCCCUGCGAAGAGAAGAAGGACCUCAAGAUGGGGCCCUUGGCACCUUCUCCUGGAGAGAGGUGGAAGAGCAGCGGAUCCACUACGUGCAUGAUGGGAGCGAGACAGGGACGGACAGCUUCGUCCUGGUGGCUAACGCCUCAGAGAUGGGCCGCCAGAGCCAGCCCGUGGCCUUCACUGUCACCGUCCUGCCCGUGAACGACCAGCCCCCUGUCCUCACCACAAACACAGGCCUGCAGAUGUGGGAGGGGGCCACUGUGCCCAUCCCUAAGGAGGCCCUCGGGGGCACAGAUGGCGACUCGGGGCCCGAGGACCUGGUCUACACCAUCGAGCAGCCCAGCAACGGGCAAGUGGCGCUGCGGGUGGCGCCAGGCACUGAGGUCCGCAGCUUCACACAGGCGCAGCUGGACGGCGGGCUGGUGCUGUUCUCCCACGGAGGAGCCCUGGAUGGCGGCUUCCGCUUCAGCCUCUCUGACGGGGAGCACGUCUCCCCAGGACACUUCUUCCGAGUGCUGGCCCAGAAGCAAGUGCUCCUCUUGCUGGAGGGCAGCCGGACCCUGACGGUGUGCCCAGGGUCCGUGCAGCAGCUCAGCAGCCAGAGCCUGAGAGCCAGCUCCAGCGCGGGCACCGACCCCCACCGCCUGCUCUACAGUGUGGAGCGGGGCCCCCAGCUGGGGCGGCUGCUGCACGCCCAGCACGACAGCACAGAGGCGGCCCUGGUGAACUUCACUCAGGCCGAGGUGUAUGCUGGGAAUGUUCUGUAUGAGCACAAGAUGCCCCCUGAGCCCUUCUGGGAGGCCCAUGAUGCCCUAGAGCUCCAGCUGUCCUCACCCCCUGCCCCCAGUGUGGCCGUCACCCUUGCUGUGGCUGUGUCUUUUGAGGCUGCCUGUCCCCAGCGCCCCAGCCGCCUGUGGAGGAACAAAGGUCUCUGGGUCCCCGAGGGCCAGCGGGCCAAGAUCACCGUGGCCGCCCUCGAUGCCUCCAACCUCCUGGCCAGUGUUCCCUCGCCCCAGCGCCCAGAGCACGAUGUGCUCUUCCAGGUCACGCAGUUCCCCACGCGGGGCCAGCUGCUGGUGUCUGAGGAGCCCCUCCACGCCGGGCAGCCCCACUUCCUGCAGUCCCAGCUGGCUGCUGGGCGGCUGGAAUACGCCCACGGGGGCGGGGGCACCCAGCAGGACGGCUUCCGCUUCCGUGCCCGCCUCCAGGGGCCCUCGGGCUCCUCUGCGGCAGGACCCCAAACCUCGGAGGAUUUCACCAUCACGGUGCGGGAUGUGAACGAGCGGCCACCCCAGCCACAGGCCUCUGUCCCGCUCCGGCUCACCCGAGGCUCCCGCGCCCUGGUCUCCCGGGCCCAGCUGAGCGUGGUGGACCCGGACUCCGCCCCUGAGGAGAUUGAGUACGAGGUGCAGCGGGCGCCCCACAAUGGCUUCCUCAGACUGGCGGGGGGCAGCCCUGGGCCCGUGACCCACUUCACGCAGGCCGACGUGGAUGGGGGGCGGCUGGCCUUCGUCGCCAACGGGAGCAGCGUGGCAGGCGUCUUCCGGCUGAGCGUGUCUGACGGCGCCAGCCCACCCCUGCCCAUGGCCCUGGCCGUAGACGUCUUACCAGCUGCCAUCGAGGUGCAGCUACGGGCGCCCCUGGAAGUGCCCCAAGCGUUAGGGCGCUCCUCACUGAGUCGGCAGCAGCUCCAGGUGGUUUCAGACCGGGAGGAGCCGGACGCGGCAUACCGCCUUGCCCAGGGGCCGCGGUACGGCCACCUCCUGGUGGGCGGGCAGCCAGCCUCGGCCUUCAGCCAGCUGCAGGUAGACCAAGGCCAGGUGGUCUUUGCCUUCACCAGCUUCUCCUCCUCUCACGACCACUUCCGAGUCCUGGCCCUGGCGAGGGGCGCCAACGCAUCGGCCAUAGUGAACGUCACUGUGAGGGCCUUGCUGCACAUACAGGCAGGCGGGCCAUGGCCCCAGGGUGCCACCCUGCGCCUGGACCCCGCCGUCCUGGAUGCUGGCGAGCUGGCCAACCGCACGGGCAGCGUGCCCCGCUUCCGGCUCCUGGCAGGACCCCGGCACGGCCGUGUGGUCCGCGUGCCCCGGGCCAGGACGGAGCCUGGGCACAGCCAGCCCGUGGAGCAGUUCACUCAGCAGGACCUGGAGGAUGGGAGGCUGGGGCUGGAGGUGGGCAGGCCAGAGGGCAGGGCCCCGGGCCCCGCAGGUGACAGCCUCACUCUGGAGCUGUGGGCACCAGGAGUCCCGCCUGCCGUGGCCUCCCUGGACUUUGCCACUGAGCCUUACGAUGCAGCACGGCCCUACAGCGUCGCCCUGCUCAGUGUCCCCGAGACUGCUCGGACGGAAGAAGGGAAGCCAGAGAGCAGCAGCCCCACGGGCGAGCCAGGCCCGGCGGCGUCCAGCCCUGUGCCCACUCUGGCCGGGGGAGGCUUCCUGGGCUUCCUCGAGGCCAACAUGUUCAGUGUCAUCAUCCCUGUGUGCCUGAUCCUCCUGCUCCUGGCACUCAUCGUGCCCCUGCUUUUCUACCUCCGAAAGCGCAACAAGACAGGCAAGCACGACGUCCAGGUCCUGACCGCCAAGCCCCGCAACGGCCUGGCCGGCGAUACUGAGACCUUUCGCAAGGUGGAUCCUGGCCAGCCCAUCCCGCUCACAGCUGUGCCUGGCCAGGCGCCACCCCCGGGGGGCCAGCCUGACCCAGAGCUGCUACAGUUCUGCAAGACACCCAACCCUGCCCUCAAGAACGGCCAAUACUGGGUGUGAGGCCCGGCCGGGGACCAGAUGCUAAUCGGGCCAGGGACAGGCUUGCCUACACCCUGGCCCUGUUGCUUCCUUGCCCUGGUGCUGUCUCGGUACCCCCAGAGCAAGAGAGACCUGGAGAGAGCAGGGGUGGAGAGUGCUGGGAGAUAGUCCCAGAUAGCGUGGAGUCUAGAGCUGGAAUCCUCCUCAGUUCACUUGGGCCUGGAGAACCGCAGGGCCAAGGCAGGAGGCAGGCUUAAGUUCAGUCCUCCUGCCCUGGAGUUGGUUUGCACUGUCAGAACCGGGGCACCCUCCUAGCUGCCUCAGGACUCUGGAUCCUGGGUCUGUGACCUUGGGUAAGUCACACCUGACCCAGGCUGCUAAGAGAACAAAGAGAAGAAAGCACCCUGGGGGUAAGGGACACAGCAGGGGGACUCCUGGGUUUUCUACCCCAACCAGGCCUCCCCUUGUCUCUGCCCCAGGGUUGAGAGAAAACUUCCCCUGUUUCGUUAGGGAGAUGGUAUUCCCUGGAGCAGAGGCCAGGAGGACAGAGCCCCUCCACUCUCUAGAAGGCAUAAACCAAUAGAAUAAUAUAUUCAGGGUGCAGGGUGGGUAGGUUGCGGGGGGACGGGCUUAUUUAAAGGGGUUGCAAGGAAGCUAUUUAACAUGGUGCUGAGCUAGCCAGGACUAAGGAGCCCCUAGCGGGUGGGGUGGCGGAGGGUCUGCAGCCAGUUCAUUCCCAGGGCCUCGCCUUCAUGGGCUGAGGGCUAAGCAAGCAAGGGUUGGCUGCCCCGGAGCAGCUGGGCCAGAGAUGGCAGAGGGCCUCAGGCCGAGGGCCACUGCAGUGCCUGUGCUCCUGGGGACCAGGGGCUGGCAGCGGGGGACACUUGGCUCCACGGAGCGUAGAUAAACGGUGCUUCGAAGGCUCUGGA